AUGAGUCUGACUAUGGAUGAUGUCCGGCGUUUGGCGUCGAUGACUCCGCAAGAACUCAGAGAACGUUGUAACAACGACUUGGCUGUUCUCAACACUCUCAGAAACGAAGUUGAUCAUGUAAGUUGUUUGUUAUUCUUUGUUUUAGUUUUUAGUUCGUCGAGUUGUAAAUUGGCCAAAUUUUCAGCAUGUAGAGACGGCCAAGAGGCAGAAAGCUUUUGAAGAAGAGGCCGUUACUGGUCUAAUUGGAGACCUGCAAAAGGUUGCCAAAGAUCGUGCUGAAGUCAGCAAUAGGAAGGAAGCACUUGUAAAGGAGGUCAACACUCUGCGUGCCCAAUUGUCCGGGAAACAAGAGCAAGUUAAGGUCAGACUACAGAAGAAGUUAGAGGCUCGACAAGCGAAAGAAAAUGCGUUGAAUGGCCACCGGACAAUUGGGGAAUUGGAAGACCUGAAGGCCCUCUCUGAUGCCAAGUUCAAGGAGUUGACUGAAUUAGAGCUUGCAGUGACGGAGAAACGCAAGAGAAAUGUAAGAUCUAUAUAAGAAUCUGUAGUGUUCAUUCGGUCAAUUAUCUAUUCUCAGGCCGCCAAUUGUGUUGUGAAAGUACUAUAUAACAUUUGUUUUUUUAUUUCAGAAGCAGGUUGAAGUGAGUAUCAAAGAGUGCGAGAUCCGAAUUGCCGAGAAGAAGGAAAAGGUUGAAGAGCUCCAAAAAACCGAUUCUUGCUUGGGCGAGGACCUUGAACAGUUCGAGGAAAGAGCCGAACAGCUUCGUGUUAGCAUCGAGGUAAGUAAUUGGAUACUUUUUAUAUACUGGUUUAGGAAGCCUCCGCCAAGAUUGCAGACGCGAAAAAGAAGAUGACGGGUGAGUUCGUGGAUGACCGACCACGCUCAUUGUUUGAUGAAGUAAGUAACCUUCGUUGUUUUUAUUUGGUACUCUAGGUGGUUGAACAGAAGAAGCCAUCUGAAGAUGAGUUUAAAGCGAUUUGUUCGGAAGUCCGUAAUCUCCGCCAAGUGCAGGGGGCAUUGAAAGCGGAUUUGCUUAACCUGGAAAGUCAUCCGAUUGCCACUGGACGUAGAGCAUUGCUUUCUUACGGUAUGCAUAUGAUUCUUAUAAUUUAUUAUUGUUUUAGAUACUAUUGUUGGCGUUCUGAAGAAGACUAUCUUAUACUUGGACAAGUUUAUGAAUGUAGCCAAGGGGUUGGAAGCUUUGGGCAGGAAUCCUACUGUGAUUUACAAGUUUUCGAGAGAACAGAUGGAUGACAUUGGCCAUUAUAAGUAAGUUCCGUUUAUAUUGUUCUGCUUUAUGUUGCUGGUUGCAAAAUCUAACAAUUCUUUCAGUUCUGUUCUACGCACGAGCAGAAAGAUUGCUGAAGAGGUUCUCGGCAUGGCGAAGAAGCAAAUGAAUCAAUUAUCGAGAAAUCUGGAGGAGAACAAAGUUAAUCAUGCUUAA